AUGACAUCUAUCGUAAGAGGUCGUGAGGAGAGGAUGAGAGAAGUGGAAAGAGAGAACACAGAAACGGAAUUUGGACAGAAAGAGAGAACACAGAAACGGAAUUUGGACAGAAAGAGAGAACACAGAAACGGAAUUUGGAGAGAAAGUGAGAACACAGAAACGGAAUUUGGAGGGAAAGAGAGAACACAGAAACGGAAUUUAGACAGAAAGAGAAAACACAGAAACGGAAUUUGGACAGAAAGUGAGAACACAGAAACGGAAUUUGGAGAGAAAGUGAGAACAGAUAAACGGGAUUUGGAGAGAAAGAGAGAACACAGAAACGGAAUUUGGAGAGAAAGUAAGAACAGAGAAACGGAAUUUGGACAGAAAGAGAGAACACGGAAACGGGAUUUAGAGAAAAAGUGA